UAAAACAGCAACAUGUGGCUCAAAGGCUCAGUGUUGACGCUCUGGUUACUAACAUGAAGCUUCACCGUCUGUCAGUCUGUCAGCUCGCCUUCCUGUGUCUGUGCUGUGUUCUCAUCACAGUGAGGGAGUCAUGCAGCACGUUUGUGCCGGGAAGAUGCUUGUGUCCGGAGACACAACAAGGGGUCAGAGGGCAGCUGAAGGAGCUCAUCGUCCACAGCAAAAGCCCAAGUUGCAGCAAAGUGACAGUGAUAGUGAAACUGAAGAGUAACGACAGACUAGUGUGUCUGGAUCCAGAAGAAUUGUUGGGGAAACAGCUAGUCCGCUGCUGGAAAAGAGCUCAAGAUUUGGGUCGUGAUGUGAAAGUGUGCCUGAGGAGGAAAAGGAGGAGAGGGAGAGGAGGCAAAAACCUGCGUUCACGACAAAGGAUCAGGGGUCACACUAAGAGAGCCUCAUCUUCACAUUCUUAAAAGUCACUCACCCUGAUCUGAAUCUUGUGCAUGGAGAGAGGUGUGGACAAGCUGAUUGUUGGACCGGCUCUUGGACUCCUGGGCAGCAGCAACAGGAGCUGCAUUUUUUUAUAUUUCAAACCUCAGACGUCCAGAAAGACUGUGGGGCCACGGGGUUCUUUACUGCUCAAGACAAGCCCUGGUGGCUUGACCUAAGUCAUACAAAUGUCUUUAUAGCAAUAGAAAAUGAGAACAGUAGUUUCUACGUAGUUUUGUGGAGGCAGCUGGACAAGAGAAUUCUUACUUUCUGUUGGUUAUUUAUUUUUUAUAUAUAUAAAAAUGUCAAUGUUUUUUUUACAAUAAAUAUAUCUGAACAACAGA